AUGUAUUCUAAAGAUGGUGGAGAGGGCGAGAGUAUAUGUGGAGAAAAGUACUUCGCACAUAUAUUUCUUUGCAUAAUCUGGCUACUCCCUUUGGCAUUGAUCGCCUUUCUCUUCGUGGGUACCUUAUUACAAGGGUUCUUCCAGUGCUUCACCGAGUUGUACAAAAAUGCGGUCACAUAUUAUACUGCCUGCCGCCAAGAAAACAUUCCUUCCUUCAUCGAAUUCUACGCCUACGCCUGGAUCUUCCAUCCCAUACGCCGUAUACGCAUCUCCUGCCGUAUCCUUACCUCCAAAUUUCGGAAUCAUACAAUGUUGAACAUACCCCGGGAUUUCACCCUUCCCCAAGAACUGUGCGAGAUCAUCAUCAACUUCUGUUAUCCUGACAGAGCGACCCUCCUCACCUGCAGCCUCGUAUGCAAAGCAUGGAUCCCAGCCAGCCGACGCCUCUUGUCGAUACGCGUUCACUCAAGGGAUCGUGUGCGAGAAUUAGUGAAGCUCUUAAACUCGCCAGACAAUACUAUAUCUCCUUAUGUUCAGACAGUUUCACUUUGGAUGCACACGAAACACGACGGGCUCGUUCGAUAUCGACACGCCCUCCGCUCCCUUGCCAAUGCUGACUCCAGGAUAUCCCGAGCAAAAAUUUCUGGACAGUCUUCAGACCCAGCAAUAGCAUUACAUCGUUAUUUCCCACAUAUUAGACGCCUCUCCUUUAACUACGAGGAUCAAGGUGAGACCGAAGGAACGUCCGCCACAAAUAUCAGGCACAUUCUCUUGUACUCGAGCCUUUUCUGCGACCUCAAGAGACUGUCGAUUCAGUUUGUACGGCGGGGUAAUGACACAGAGGAUGUCCCGCUUCCAUCGCUGGAAGCCAUGACCCUUCCUGCGAGUUUGCGCUCGCUCUCGUUGAAAUUUUGGAACAAGGACCUCUUGCGUUGGCUAAACAGGCACCACGCGACACUUCGGUUAACGACUUUCAAAUUGAAAAUUGGAGGUCACUGGCUUGCGCUGGAUCCAAGUCCCGUCAACUCCCUGUUGAGACCCUGUCGCACCUCUCUUCGGUUCAUCACUCUCACAAUGAUUCAGUGGGAAAAUGGCUUUCUCGACCUACGCUUCCUGACAGAACUUCGGGCGGUAGUAUUGCAUGUCUAUCACCUCCCCUCCACAAAGGCUACGCUAUCAUCGUUAAACUCGAGCCACAUUGAAACUGUAACCAUCAUAAUUAGCGGGGAUAGUCUAGGAAUCUUCACUGCCAGUGCUCAAUUGUUCAGUUUCAAGGCCGCCCCGGAACUCUCCGACAACGCAGAUUUUGCCACUAGGCAUUUAAUCACUUUUACCGCAACACCGGGAAUUCUCAUGCCGCUUUCUUCCAGAGAUGGUGGCUACGAUGGCGAUAUAUGUGGGGUAAAGAAGGGGUGGCACCUCUUAGCAUGCAUGCUCUGGCUGCUUCCAUUGACAGUGACCGGCUUGUUGACAGGCAUUUUCAUCGCAUACGUCUUAUUCAGCUUGCUUUGCGUCUUCUAUACGGAAGUCUGCACCCCGUUGUACAAAAAGGCAGUUGCAUCUUACUGUAAGAUGCAAAAUUCUUACACCGCCUACCGCCAAGAAAACAUUCCUACCUUCAUCGAAUUCUAUGCCUACGCCUGGAUCUUCCAUCCCAUACGCCGUAUACGCAUCUCCUGGCGUAUCCUUGCCUCCAAAUUUCGGAAUCAUGCAAUGCAGAAUGUACCCCGGGAUUUCACCCUUCCCCAAGAACUAUUCGAGAUCAUCCUCACCUUCUGUUCUCUCGACAGAGCGACCCUCCUCACCUGCAGCCUCGUAUGCAAAGCAUGGAUCCCAACCAGCCGACGCCUCUUGUCGAUACGCGUUCACUCAAGGGAUCGCGUGCGAGAAUUAGUGAAGCUCUUAAACUCGCCAGACAAUACUAUAUCUCCUUAUGUUCAGACAGUUUCACUUUGGAUGCACACGAAACACGACGGGCUCGUUCGAUAUCGACACGCCCUCUGCGCCCUCGUCAAUGCCGGCUCCAGAAUAUACCGAGCGAAAAUCGCUGGUCGGUCCGCAGACCCAGCAAUAGCGUUACGUCGUUAUUUCCCGCACCUCAGACGUCUCUCCUUCAGCUACGAAGGUCCAGGAAACAUCGCAGAGACAUCCACCACCGUUAGGCGCAUCCUCUUAUACUCGAGUCUUUUCCCCGAUCUCCAGCGACUUUCGAUCCAGUUCACGAAUGUGAGAAAUGGCAUCGAGGAUGUCCCACUUUCAUCAUUGGAAGACAUAACCCUUCCUGCGAGUUUGCGUUCACUCUCGUUGAAGUCUUGGAACUAUGACCUCUUGCGUUGGCUAAAGAGGCAUCACGCGACACUUAGGCUAAGGACUUUCAAAUUGAAACUUAGAGGUUUCUACUGGCAAGCGCUGGAUCCACGUCCCAUCAUCUACCUAUUAAGAUCCUCUCGCUCCUCUCUUUGGUUUGUCACCCUCAGGAUAAUUCAGUGGAAAAAUGGUUUUCUCGACCUAAGCUUCCUGACAGAACUUCGGGCGGUCGCGUUGUACGUCAAUCACAUCCCCUCCGCAAAGGCUACAUUGUCAACAUUGAACUCAAGCCACAUUGAAACCGUGAGCAUCACGAGUCGCCAUUGGGGAAAUAACUCUUUGGACGAUUUUAUGGCCGGAAUAAGCUUCAGGUUUUUCUAUAGGAAAUCCACAUGGCGACAUUAUAUUCGAUCUACGGCCAGUGGGAGCCGUGAUAUCACAUAGCGCGCUACAUAAUGGAAGAAAGAG